AUGCUCCGUCGGCGGCCUGCCCCGCCAGGGCCCGGCCAGGGCCCGCCGCCCCUGUCGCCGUUCGAGACGUGGAUCGCGCUCCCGAUAUUAUUCACAGCUUGUGUGUACAACACACUGCAGCUCGUACCUGUCGCUGCGCUGCCGUCGUCGGUCGCGCGCGUACUGGGCUAUCCGAGCGAUCUCUUCCGGCUUGCGCGCCUCGCAACGACGACGCCGACGCGCGAGCUGCGUGAGGCACUCGCACCGGAGGGCUGGCUGGCCAGCGCAUCGAUCGUGCGGCUGUGGCGCGCAAACUACGGGGCGCAGGCCAUCGAGAACCUGCUGUGGCGCCUCUCGAGUGUGGACGGCCGUAAACUCUACCUCGUUCUGGGCGCCGAGCCGCUCAUGGCGUGUGCCUUUUGCGCGUCGGACGCCGAGUACAAGGCGUAUGCAAUCUACCGGGUGCUCAGUGUCUACCUGGCACACGCAUGGGUGCUUGCGCUCCUCACCAUGCCGGCCUUCGGAACGCUUGCUACGCUCAUGGACUAUGUACUACAGCGCGGCCACGUCGCGCCGGCGGACGAAUUGCGUCCUGUGCGCACGCGCGCGCACAUGCGCGUCGUUGCACUCGCUGCACUCGCCGCGCUCAGUGCGAUCGACAUUGCGCGCAUCCUAUGGGCCACGGAUGUGCCCGUGCAGGGCAUCUGGCAGCACUGGCAUGCCAACGCACAUUUGUUGCGGCACAUGCUUCUAUCGCUCCUGCUCACGCUUGUGUGGAUUUGUACGCGCGUGCAGCUCCCGGCGGUCAAAGUCAUGCACGCGCUCCAGGCCAUGUCGGCGGUUUCUGGCGCCGUCGAGUCAAGAGCGUCGGCGGCCGCGAGCCGCCGUGCCGAUACGACACGCGCCGACUCCAACGCCUCGGACGCGGUGCCACUAAUUGACAUGACACAUCUGGGCGAGGCAGAGUCGCAGGCGUUCCUGCGUCCCUGGACCCGCGACGUACAAAACCGGUCGUUUGGGUUGUAUCUGCGGCCACAAUUAAAUUUGCUGCAGGUCAAUGCUCUUGCCUCGCUCGUCCUCUUUGGCGCGCUCAGCUGGUACUUUUACGUGCCGUCGACGUUAUAUUUAUACCUGGUUUUAGUCUGCUUCACAUGCCCAUUCCUCGUGGUGUGCCGCCUUGGUUGGCCGUCCAGCCAUGCGACGUCGUCGCAUUACGCCCUUGUGCCUGGCAUGGUUUUGCUCUUUGUCGCACUAUGCGUAGUGCGGGGCUGGUCGCCCACGCCAAACGUGCCUGCUGAGUGGCACCGACCGUCAGGGGACACGUACUAUAUCGCGUCGCUUCUGUACAACUCGGAGCGCAUCCUUCCUCACUACAGCGAUGCCCUGUUGCGUCUUACCGACGAGCUGGGACAUGACGCUGUGUUUGUAUCCAUCUUUGAGAACGACUCGAAAGAUCGCUCCCCUUUCCUUCUAGACCAACUGCGCACGGAGCUUCGUGCGCGCGGCGUACGCUUCAAUAUCACUACCACGACGCUGCCCAAGGAAGUGCGUCGCGCUGAGCGUAUCGAACGUCUGUCGUACAUACGCAAUCGAGCCAUGGACCCCUUGUACGGAGAAGUGCGUAGUGGUCUGCACGGGCGCCCUUUUGACAAGGUCAUAUGGAUCAACGAUAUCCUGUUCAAGCCGGACGCCGUUCAUACCCUCUUGCACACGGCGAACGGGCAAUUCGACCAAGUGUGUGGGCUUGACUACUUCUGGCUCGGAUUCUACGACACAUGGGUCUUGCGGGACACGCAAGGCAAGACAGUGCGCCCACUGUACCCCUACUUCCGCUCGAAAAAUGACCGCGACGACGUACAGGCCCAGCGGCCGCUCCCCGUAAACGCCUGUUGGAACGGGCUUACCGUGAUGGAUGCACGCUGGUUCACAAGUGGUUCCCGGGCGCCUGCAUCUGAGUAUGUGACAAACGGACCUGUGGUCGCGACGCUGCCUCCCCCGCCGCUGGAGCGCGACGAUGGUUACGAUGUCGCAGCGAAGCUGCCGCUCCGGUUCCGACCGUGCUCACAGUGCAAUGCAUCCGAGUCGCUCCUCAUUAGCCUCGACAUGCACCGGCUGGCCCACCCUAAGCGCCCUCGCAUCUAUGUCCAUCCAGGCGUCAAGGUCAUGUACGACUACCCGGCUUACUACUUGUACCAUCACAUUCUCAAAUGGUACGUCGUGCAGCCAUGGAGCUACAUAUGGGAGACGUGGAUGGAGCGCCGCCUCUUUAGUUGGAUCGCCGACCUUGGCCUACGCCGCGAUCCCUGCGUGCCCCUUUUCCAGCUCAUGUGGUCCCCCGAGCCGGCGCCGCGCCCGGUGCCGUCGUCCUAG